AUGUCUUCUCCCCGUAUCCUCAUAUAUCUCUUAAGGCGAGAUCUCCGCCUCGCUGAUAAUCCUGUUUUCACCGAGGUUGCCAGAACCUUUCAGCAGUCCCAGCAUCCCUACACCCAUUUCCUUCCAAUCUACGUAUUCGCGGCACAGCAGAUAGAAGUUUCCGGCUUCCUUUCUUCCGAUUCCGAAAUUUCGCCUUUUCCGGAGGCUCGAUCGAAUGCCGCCGGAUUCUGGAGAUGCGGCCACCACAGGGCCAAGUUCCUGGCGGAGAGUGUUUGGGAUCUGAAAAGAUCGUUACAUAAUACUGGCAGUGGCCUGGAGAUUCGAGUCGGAUUGGCAGGACAGGUAAUCCAGGAAUUACUCAAUGCGUUCAAGAAAGCGAGCGCAGAGGUCGUCGCGGUUUGGAUGACAGAUGAAGAAGGUGUGGAAGAAAAGAGGGAAGAGCGAGAUGUAAAGGAGGCCGCUGAGAGGGCGGGAACCGAAUUUAAGCUGUGGACAGAUGAGAAAUACUAUAUAGAUGACCGCGACAUUCCAUUUCGAAACCCUAAAGACUUGCCUGACGUCUUUACGUCCUACCGCAAAAAGGUUGAACCUCUCAGAGAGGCCCCUCGUCGGGUCCUUCGUUCCCCCUCGAAACUGCCACCUCUGCCACCUUCAAUACCCUCCCAACCCCACCCUUUUACGAUACCAACAACGGUCGAAGACACCAUCGCAAAACUUCACAAACCUUUGGAUCCAAAUCUAGGUCUCUCCAAUCCACCAACAUGGCCCACAAAGGCAACUUCCGCGCACCCUUUCCAUGGCGGGGAGACCGCUGGGCAAGAGCGCAUCCGCCAUCUCGUCACCAGCGGCAGUUUUUCCACGUACAAAGAAACCCGCAAUGGUCUACUUGGGCUAGACUUCAGCACUAAGCUUUCCUCAUGGCUUGCACUUGGCUGUAUCACAGCACGGCAGGUCCAUGAGUUCCUUCUGAAUUUCGAAGAUGGCAAGACAGAUCUUGGCAAAGGGGUGCACGGUUACGGAAAGGGCGAGAAUAAGGGCACUGCAGCAGUACGAUUUGAGCUACUAUGGAGGGACUACUUCCGGUUAACCACCCGCAAAUUUGGGCCACGACUUUUUCGUAUCGAAGGCUUCAAGAAUGACACGGCGUCCUCGUGGGGAUACCCCCAGAAGGACAAAGAAAGUCAACGAAGAGUGACUCGUUUUCUGGAGGGUACAACGGGCACAGGGCUAAUUGACGGCAGCAUGCGAGAACUAUUUCUUACCGGUUAUACUAGUAACCGACUUCGACAGAACGUCGCGUCUUUUCUAGCAAAACAUCUGGCCAUUGAUUGGAGGAUUGGCGCAGAAUGGUAUGAGAGUUGCCUAGUAGAUUACGACCUUUCCAACAACUGGUCGAAUUGGCAAUAUGUUGCGGGCGUCGGGAACGAUCCGAGGGAAGCAAGGGUGUUUAAUCCUGUCAAGCAAGCAAACGAUUACGACACCCAGGGUAAUUAUAUCAAAACUUGGGUGGUGGAACUACGCUCUUUGAAUGAGCCUCAGAUCGUCUUCCAGCCGUGGAAGAUGAACGACGAACUGAAAGCGGAACUGAAGCUGGCGGGUACCGAGUGGAUUGAGCAGCCCCUGAGAAGGAUCGAGUUCAACAUGGGAAGAAACGCUGGCAGAGGAGGUGGCCGAGAUGGAGGCAAGGGAGGGAAGGCCGGUGCCAGUCGUGGUGGUGCUGGUCGGGCUGAAGGAGGUGGGGGAUAUCAUGGGAGAGGGAGAGGCGAGAAGUCAAGGGGUCAGAGCAGGAAGGGAAAAUCAGACAGGGCAAACGAAUUUGUAGAUAAUUAA